AUGGAGACGUCACACAUUGAAAAGUUGGCCGAUUUGCUCAGACCACCUGAGCCUGAAGUUUUACAGGGAGAUGAUCUUCCUUCCACUAAAUAUGAUAUAACCACUACGAGGCAAAACAAAAACUCUACUGCCUUAAACACAAAUAAUACUCCUAAAACAAUGGAAGAAUAUGAACAGCAAGAGGCCCAAGAAGCCGAACAAAUGGGCAAGGUGGGCUUUGGUGCAGGAGAUAGGAAGUCUCCUGUUUACACUAUGAAUUAUCUACAGUCUGUCAGUGCGGAGGAUGUUUUUCUCCAGAUAGGUCCCAAAACGCCAUCCUCAGCGAGUUGUGAAAACCUCGUCGUGAGAGUUAAGAUGCCAGGAGAUAAAAAAGAGAACGUAGAUUUGGCCGUUGAUAACUCCAGCGUCACGAUCGACUCUUCUCGCUACCAUCUGAGGCUUCCCUUGCCUCACGAAGUCAACCCCGAUACAUCGAAAGCAACAUGGGACCCCGCAGAGGAAACAUUAGUGCUGACACUAAAAUUAGAAAGAGAAUUUGACUUCGUUAAUUUUUAAG